GCGCGCGCGAACAGGUCAAAUUUUCAGUUUCAUAUUCACGCAGGACUUUAUUAACGCGCGCGCGCUCUCUCUCUCUCUCUCUCACACACACACACCGCAGCGUCGCUCUCUCCAUCCUCGGAGGCGCUGGAUGGGAUUUUUGCUCUGUUGACCUUCACACAUAUUUGAGUUCGAACAGAGAGAGAGAGAGACGGAGGAGGGAAGAAGAAAGGAAGAAGGAGUAGAGGAGUGUGUUGUGUUCUGGUGUGUGUGUGUGUGUGUGUGUGUGUGCUGAGUGUAAGGGAUUUUAUUUCCGGGCCUGUUCUCUCUCUCUCUCUCUCUCUCUCUCUCUCUCUCUAUUGAUUUAUUCCCGUUAUUGAUGGUGGGAGAUUUCCGCGCGCGUGCCCGGAUCGCGUGGUGUCAUUAGUGACAUUUUGGGUGUGUGUGCGCGUGUGUGUGUGUGUGUGCGUGUGCGUGUUUAUUUUCCCACCCCGAGCGCGCGCCAUGGCUCGGCCGCGACCCCGCGACUAUAAAGCCGGAGAUCUGGUCUUCGCUAAGAUGAAGGGAUACCCGCACUGGCCCGCGAGGAUUGAUGAGCUGCCAGAGGGAGCUGUGAAGCCUCCUGCUAACAAAUAUCCAAUCUUCUUUUUUGGCACCCAUGAGACUGCGUUCCUGGGUCCUAAAGACCUCCUGCCAUAUAAAGAGUAUAAAGAGAAGUUUGGGAAGUCGAAUAAGAGGAAAGGCUUCAAUGAGGGACUGUGGGAGAUCGAGAACAACCCUGGGGUCAAGUUCACCGGCUACCAGACCGUGCAGCAGCAGAGCUGGUCGGAGGGGGAGGGGGCAGAUGCAGCAGACGGCAGCAGUGAGGGUGAGGAAGGUGAAUCCAUCGGAGAGGAAGAGGAAGGGAAGGUGAAAGGUGAAAAAGUUGGAUCCAAACGGAAAAAGACUGCGGCAUCAAAGAAGUCAAAGCUGUCCAGGAAGUGCUCGGGUGAGGAGGAAGAGGAAAAGGAUGGAAAAGAAGAUGAGGAAAAGACAGACAAUGAUAACGACCUGCAGAACUCAGAGAAGAAAACAUGCUGUCCAGGGCAGAACCAGCUGCUGCGAGAGGAACAUUAGAUUUUGAAGAACAUCUGAUCAUGUUGUGGUUUGUUCUGUGAUGUUGGAAAUGUAACUCGCUUUGACUUCAUCGAAAUAAAAAAGGAAAGAAAACACAUUAUUAUACAAAUCGCUGACCAGUAAAUCAUAUUAAAGCCACAAGUACAGAGAAAUUCAUCAACGUCUUAUCAGCAGAGUGAAGCUGAAGCUAAAGCACGUAGAAUUAAAGGGGCGGUAGGUCAUUUUCUCUUUUACAGAUGCCAGUUCUAAACUUCGAUAGUGAUCGGAUUAAGUGUGUGAAGGCGGUUUUGUCGUUCCAAAGUCAGUGUGUAAAGUGUGAAUUCGGCUGAAAUGUUGCUUACUGCCCCUUUAAUGUGCAGUGUUAUUGAACACUUUAUCAAAUGUAAUAUAGUCAUCAGUUUAGCAUAUAUUCUAGCUGUAGCAAUUAUAGCUGGAGUGUUCGCCUGGAAACCAGCCCACUCUCUCUCCUUAAACCCCCUGGCCUUCAACUCUGACCCUGGCCUUCCACCCUGACCCUGGCCUUCCACCCUGACCCUGGCCUUCCACCCUGACCCUGGCCUUCUACCCUGACCCUGGCCUUCCACCCUGACCCUGGCCUUCUACCCUGACCCUGGCCUUCCACCCUGACCCUGGCCUUCCACCCUGACCCUGGCCUUCUACCCUGACCCAAGCCUUCCACCCUGACCCUGACCUUCCAUUAGGGCCUUGACGAUCUACCCUUAAACCUCACCUUCCAUAUUGUAUACUUAUUUUCCACCCUGAACCCUGGCCUUCUACCCUCACCUUCCACCUCAAACCCUCACUUUUCACCCUAAACCCUGACCUUCCACCUAAACUUUUACGCUGGCCAUCCAAACCUGAAUCCUCACCCUCUCCCAUGACCACCAUGAACCCUUCAUUUUCAAUCUGUACUCUGUUUUCACCCUGACCUAGACCUUCCACCUUGAACCCUUACUUUUUCACCUUGAACAUUGACCUCUACACUAAACCCUGAUCUUUGACCUUUCACCUAAUUGUUUACCUCAGCUUUUAUUACAGCGUUUUUUUUUACCCCAAACUUUACCUUUAAUUAUUCACUCUGAUUUAACACUGGUCUUUUUUUGCUGCUUUACUGUAAGCUCUCGCUUUAACACUACUGUUUAAGUGUAAGCUCUGACCCUUGACCCUGAACCAGUUAUUUUUCUACCCAACCUUUUGACCUUGACCAGAACCCCAAUCAUUAACCCUAAUUCUACCCUAGUUCUUUUUUUACCUCCUGUUGUUGACCCUUGCAUUGACCUUUCACCUUAAACAAUGACCUUUUCCUGAAACCUUCACAGUAAAAGACCUUUGAACUUUAGUCCCUAAUCUUUGGCUCUAGUUUUGCUCUUUCUCCUGACCUUUUCUGUAACUCACCCCAUAUUACCUCAUAUUACCCCGUAUUUCCCUAAACCCCACCCCUUCUCGAUCAACUCUGACCUUCUUGAUUUUCUUUUCUGGUAUGUUUCUGGUAUUAUUUUUUAACUCGGAAACUGCAAUCGUUUCUUUCAGUCCCUGAUCUUUCUUGGUACACCACACUCUCCUCUGAUCCUUCCCUCUGACCUUUGACCCUGUCCAUGUUGUGUGCAUAAACCUCUGACAGACAAAGGGGAGGUAGAAAUAGUGGUUAUGAUGAACACACUGUUGAUGGUUCAUGUGGCUGUAGAAUUCGGGACCACGCUACCGGAUAAACGCUCGUUUGGGUUUUUUUUGUUUUGUUUUUGUUUUGUUUUUUAAUAAAUAAAGUGAAUUCUGGUUCCUGUGUCCGUGCGCUCGCUUGUUUCUUAGCUCUUUAGUGGCAUGCUGUUUGUCCUGUUAAUUCUGUAAGAUAGAAAUCGUACGGAGGUUAGCAGCGAGUCUGAGGCCGAGUCUGAGGCCAGACGUGUCUCGUAACGUUUAGCACUUCAUAACGUCAUCACUGAACUGACGACGCUCUUUUACUUCCUGAUCUGUGUUUAUAUAAAGAAUAUAUUCUAUUUAUUUUUGAUGAUGGUAGAUGACAUCUGUGGUAAGUGUUAGCGUAUUUGAACGUCCUGAUUUAUUCUCGAGACACGCCUUUCUGAGCGUAAGCAUUGGGCGGUGCUUGACCUGACCACAUGACAUCAUUAGCAGGCUUGCUUCCUGUUACAAUUACAGAACUGUAUCUACGUCUGAGCGUCAGGGCAAAGAAUUUAAACGGGUGGUGUGGAAGUGAUGUCACACAAGUCCACUGAUUGGCUGAAUAAAUUUACCCUAAACCCCGCCCCCUCUUUCACUCCAACAUGCCUGUCAGGGAGUAAAAUCAGGACGUAGAUAUCAUCAGUGUAGAUUUUUUUGCCCCUCCUUAUCUUUGUUAUGCUCGUUACAGUUCUAUCUUACAUUUUCAACGUUUGUAGUUCACUGUAAACGGUUUUUCCUGUUUAUUCACAAAACUUUUACAGAAUAAAUUUGUUGGAAUGCACA